UCAGGAGUGAGAAGGUCGGGGGUGGGUAAACCGCAAAUAGGUCAUUUCAGGUUGCAAUUCGACAGAUUUUGGAGCGGAUAGGUCUUGCCGAUGCUAUGUGGCACAAGAAAGAAAGAGCCAGUGUCGUCUUCCACGAAGAGGCGGGUUGUUGCGUGAGGAUCCGGGACGGCGGAGGUGAAGUCGAUGAGGAACGAGAUAAGAAACGAACCGGGUCGUGGUGCUUAGAAGGUGAGCCCCGGCGCCAAAACCAUUUUAGAAAAAUAGACAGCGUCGAAGUGGGCAGCUUGGCCUGUUUGGGAUUAAUCUAUUGCACCGGGCCUCAUUGGUACGUAGUCCGGGUGGAGCGCCCACUGGGGAGGGGGUUUUCGCGGUGGACGCUGGAGUCCUGGACGGGAGGAUGGAAGAAAAGCCACCAACCUCGCCUUACGGUCCACGGCAUUAGGGAAUCUGGCUAGGACUUCUAGUCCCGUUUCGACGCGGGAUGGAGGCCCUGGGUCACUGGUCAAUCCCUCGUCUGCCGUCAGCAGUCAGCACUUCGGUGUACCGAAGCCCAAUCAGUCCAUCAUCAUCGGUGGUGGUGGGUCGUC